AUGGUACGCCCCUCCAUCGCACUCGUUCGGACGGAGAAGAGAUCCCCCCCUGUUGUUGCCGCCGCCGAUGAGGUCGAGGUUUCCGCUGACGCUGGCUCCGGCCAGAUGUCCGUCCUCGACGCUCUGAAGGGUGUCCUCCGCAUCUCCCUGAUCCACGACGGUCUUGCCCGUGGUCUGCGUGAGGCUGCCAAGGCCCUCGACCGCCGUGAGGCCCACAUGUGUGUCCUCAACGAGGGCUGCGAGGAGGAGGCUUACAAGAAGCUCGUCGUCGCUCUGUGCUCCGAGCACAAGAUCCCCCUCAUCAAGGUUCCUGAUGGAAAGAUGCUGGGCGAGUGGGUCGGUCUCUGCACCCUUGACCGUGAGGGUAACGCCCGCAAGGUCGUCAACUGCUCUUGCGUCGUUGUCAAGGACUGGGGUGAGGAGUCCCAGGAGCGCUCUGUCCUGCUCAACUACUUCCAGACCGAGCAGUAG